UAAAAAGUAACUCAUUUUAGAAAAAAUCAAACACGCUUUUCGCCCGGAAAGAACACAAUAAAAGACCCAGACGAAGUCUUUGGCUCUUUGCCCUCUUCACCUUAUUGACCCAACUCUCUCUCCCUCUCGAAUAUUUUCUUCUGAAAACCCAAAUAACUUCUUCUCACAAACCCAAUCCGUAGAUUUUUGUUCUUGUUCGUUUUAAUCUUCAGUAAAGGAGUUAAUGGGUCCAGAAUGCCAUCGUUUCCAUCCUCAAAAGAACACAUUCUUACCAAUGUUAUGCUCGAAGCCUUCUAUCAAAGACGUCGGCCUUCCCCUUCCCAUCAGGUGCGUCAACCGCCGGUCACCGUCGCCGUCGCCGGUGUCCUCUUCCGGAGACGACCCUUUAUCCCCUAGAAUCAGUUGCAUCGGCCAGGUCAAGCGGAACAACAGGGUAAUCGGCUUUCCAACUAGAUCAUUACUCACUCAUACGACACUAAUCACCACUUCUAAGCACAACAAAAACGACAACAAUAGCCACGUCGUCAAGUACUCCAAGCUGAAGAAGUUUUUCUCCAGCAAAAAUCUCGUCGCCGCCGCCACUACCGCCGUCAUCAAUCCCUCCGUCGUCUCCGUCUCCGUUGCUUGCGACGGCGGUCGAGGCCGAGGCCGGAGGCGAGGUCAGGUCAUCAGUGGCGGAAAUGGGUUGUGCAGAAGUGAAGCUAAGAGUGAGAAUUGUGUUUCUGAGAUCGACAUCAUGGCAAUGGAUCCGCCGUUGCCGGUGAUUAAACGGCCGGCGGGAGGUCAACAAGGUGAGUCGGAGAGUUUGUGGAAGAGAAGAUCCGGCGGUGCCGCAUUGAGAGGAUUACAGCUCCAACAGAUUCACCAUCCCAAACAUCAUCUUCAACCCACAACAGUUUAAGUUUUAGUAUUAUUAUUACCAGAAAGUGAAGGUGAUAGAUAUAUAUAUAUAUAUCUAUAUAUUUAGUGACGGAGUUUAAUAGAUAGGAAAAACAAAGGGUAAUAUUGGUUUGUAAAUGGUUGUCUAAAAUGUUAUGGGUUUAUAAAUUUUUUAUAAAAAUUGUUUGACUCAGUGUUUCAAGAGACAUAUACAUAUUGAUAGUUGUUAAUUCUGGUCAUGAUAUCAUGUAAUAUGAAGCAAUGAAUGAAUGCUAUUGUUCAUAAUAUUCUUUUCUUGAA